AUGAAGAGACGGGACUCUGCCGAUCCGCACAUUGAAUGCGUUGUAGUGGGAGAUAGCAAGGUUGGAAAAUCCUACCUUUUGUCAAGGUUAGCCAAUCGGCCCCUGAAAGGAACCUACCGGCCCACCAUGUUCGACAUGGUUCCCGUCCAAGUUAACAGGGCUGGUGACACUGUCAUCGUUGAUUUCUGGGAUACGCCAGGUAAAGUAAUGUUGAUGACUUUUCCAGUCUUCAGUGCAUCCCGCCCAUGCUGCUACUGUUUUUAGUUUAAAUCAACAUGCAGCAUUCUCUAAGAUUUCAUACAUGUCUGACAUGCAUUCUACCAUACUGUACUCGUCAAAUAUCUUGUUCUUAUAAAAGGCAGUCAUUAAUGAGCUAUCAUAGGAUCCCAAGGAGUAAGCACAUAUAAGUUACUUUACGUUCGUUGGCAAUCGGCCGUGUUCUAACCCGAGUCCAGUUUACGUUAGGCUAAAGACUCUGUCAUUCGAGUCGUGCACUCAGGCUCUCCUGCUGAAGACACGCGUCUCCCUCUGUUCUAAUGUCUUUGGGCCGUAUUCAAUAUCGUGGAAUAUUAUAAGCUGUUGAAGGCCAUACAUGGCAUUGAGUAAUGUCUCUGAGUUCGUAAACUUAGCUUUUUAAGAAAGAGUAACGUCAUAGCCUGUCGUACUUUUGACGACUGCACUUUUGCCUCACCGAAUAAGCAAUUUUAGAAAACUUGUAGUGUGAAAAUCUGAAGAUAUUUUUCGAAUUUCAGUGCUAACAUUCCUUAAUUGCUCGAGAAAAUCUUUCGUGUAGAAACUGCACUUGUAGCUCUAGUGUUUACCAGCAGCAGACUAGAUUUUUCAUAUCUUAUCAUUAUGGUUCAAAAUACUGUCAUUUUAAACAAACGGGCAAUACGUUUCCGUUGGGUCAGUGCCAACCACGUCCCUAUGCUUCUAGAUUCCCCAUAUUUUUAUUUGGCAAAUUAAGCCGGCAAAACGUCCGUUCGGAGGAAUGCUCUUCAAACGUUUCAAAACCUCUAAUAUGUCAGGAACUCUCACGCCGAAUUCAUGAGGAGGUUGGGGUAGAAAUUAUCUGAUGGUUGAGUGUGGACGGUCUAAUAUCCAGUUUAUCUGAAAACAAACAGAGGAAUGGCCACUGAUGUCAGGGUAGAUAGUAAUUUUGAUAAGUUACGGUCUUUAAGAGCUCCUGUGACGUCUGAUUUUAGAAUCCAUAUUGUGGAUACUGAUGGAAGGGUUGAGAAUGAUUAUAUUCGAAAACAUAAAUUUGUCUGAAAAGGCCGAUGAAAACUGACGGCCCGCUCAAUAUUUCCUCCUCUGUCGUUGUUUAGGUUGGCUCAGACAUUUUAACCUACAUACUGUAGACUAGGGCCAAAAUUGUCGUUUUUCUUUGAUCUCCUUGAAUCCGAGUGUGAGACAUUGCAUCCGGCCGGAUUAUCACAACAUUCGGUCGAUCAUCUUUUGACCUCGAAGUAUCAUCCUCAAGGGCAGGGAUGCUAGAAGAUGUAAAAAAUUCUGGGUGCAUCCAGACUGCGGUCGGGACUCGUCAAGGCAACCCAAAAACCACUUUCAGUGGGAAAGCAGGGUCAGAUAAGAGCGUUUCCCCGUGUUCUGCAGCUGAUGUCCAUAAACAUAGAGGCAACUGCAUAUCGACGAGCAAUACUCAAAACGUACCUAAGGUGUGCAAGAGCUUAUUUAACGGAGACGCGCUAAGUUCAGUACAAAUAUCUAGGCUAUGACUGAAAUUUAGAGUGGGCUUCGAAAUACACGAAAGCUCUAAGUAGUGCGUUCUGAGCAGACUUACCUUCUCACGAAAUGGGGAAAAGCUAUCGCUCGCGCAGAUAUUUUGAAAAAAUUCAGAAUCACUGAAAAUAAGUGUUUCUACCUCCUAAAGAUUUGGCGGACACAAUUAAAGGAAAGAAAUCACGGUUGACACUCAAAGAGUUUUUCCUUAAUUUACUUAGUAAGUUUCGUAAUUAUGCUGGACGUUAGCACGUUAUUUUUAAAUGCGAGUUUUCUAAAACAAUGUUUUAGGCUUGACCUUGCAAUCAGUCAAUAAUUCUGUCGAAUUUUUUCACCUUCAACUAGGCAAUCGUGUAAUACUCGCAUUUGCUCAGAGCCUGUACCAUAACCAACAUGCAAAAAUAAGCACCUGAAAGUUUAAAAGGCACUUGUUUUAUCGAUUUUCUCGUUGCAGCUUGACACAACACGUUGGGCCUAUUAAUAUCAUCACAUCGCCUAGGUAAAUAUCUUCAUGUGAUGACAUGUUUCCAGGGUUUAUUGAGUGUUCCAUGCAUUUCAACGUUCAAACGGGGCCUGACUUCUUAAAGGUGCUGGGGUACUUGCUACAUGCAUGCAGACCGGGUGUCAGCACCUGAUUAUAAUCGCAGAGCGUCAGGGUUGUUGCGCUGCGUUUGUCGGAGAGCACACAGUCGUGGCUUGAGAGUGUACUCGAGUUAUUUUAAGCAUGACCUUAAACGCGGAACAGUCUUGUCGGAAUGUUCGAAAAACAGAGUAUUCAUGAUCCUAGAAUAUUCCAAUGCACCCAUGCCAGACCCAGGUUUUUGAGACGGAAAUCUACAUUCGGUCACUUUCUUGGCUCUGUGGAUUGCCGUAUUUUAUCUCAAUGAAGCUCUUGCCACAUCUCACACUUAGUUGGAGUUAAAGUUUUACUUUAAUCUUCUACUUAUGCUUAGAGAAAUCUAAUGUGGUAUGCUACGCAACGUUUUGAAGACUCGGUAGUUAUUGUGGAGUGCCCUUACACCCUCAUGAAUAUUGCGGGGAUGUUAUGAACACAUAUCAAGUCCCAAGUCGCUCCCUCAAGCCACCAUGUGGGCUUCCUCAACCACAGUUGCAGUUGACAGGAUCGCCGUGGGUUGUUACUGUGGAGAUCCCACUCUCUUUUAUCCUGGCAAUUUGCCAAUCAGAAAUCAAUGUAUUUUACGUCGUUUUGGCUCGUUUUAAUAGAAGUUAGCAGACGACAUUUUAAGGCGCAUUCGACAAACAUCCACCAUUUCCUUUCAGUGAUUAUCAGAAUUUUCCUCAAAUUGUCAAUUGGCCUGAAGAAAAUGUUAUAAAGUUGCAGCCAACCUUUAUUUAUGGUUCAGUCUGGCGUAUGGCUUUAAAUGCUGACUAGGAUAUCAAAAUGAUUUGCACAUUAUUGGUAACACGCCUUCCAAAUCGAAGUUGGCAUGUCACGUAUUUCAAGUACUGGCUUUUAUACCUACCUCAUCCGUUAAACUUGCCUGAAGGGAAAAACAUUUGCUUGACGUGAAUGAAGUCUUAUGCGUUUUUUCCAGCAACACGUAGACCACAGCAGCCGCUAUCGCGGAGAGCAGAUUUGUGUCGACCACGUCCCUGGGUGUCUGGGUCGGGUCCCUAAUUCCGGAGAGAUCAAUCCACUUGUUUGUCUAGCUGGCAAGAAUUGGUUCUUGGAGAAUGACUGUGAUUUAGUAUCGCAAUGCUCCGCUGUCUGAGGAGUGGUGAUGGGAAUAACCGGAGAAACAGUAAGGUCUAAUACAAAUUAAAUAGUUCAUGGAUUAUUCGUGCUCAGAGUGACAAGAAGGCAACAGAGAAAAAGGAAGACGCAGUCAGCUAAGACAAACGGUUGAACGGCUAAGUAAAACAGCAACACUCUUAAUCGGAAGUAGACUGAGAUUCUCUGGAAAUGCCAUUUCUAUAACCUCGGGUUGAUGUGAAUUCGUUCAAAUCUGUAGUUACUGAUUGCAGUUUUCGGAUCAUGUCUCGCCCGGAUAGUGAACGCCGCCGGUCUGUUUUCGCUCCGGAACUAUCGCAAAUGCGUGUCAAAAUCCGUUUUUUGCUCGCUAGCAACGGUUUGUUUUAUGUGGCAAACUGAAUUUUAAGUUUAUCCGACUUCUAACAAUAGCCAUGCGGUUGCCACCACAGACCAUGAAACUCUUUGCAAAAUUUGAAAAUAAGUAGUCAACUAGAAAAGAUUACUUAAUCGGGACUGAAUUGUUUAUUUACAUGCGAAGUUAUUCCUGUCCAAUUCAUACUUGGAGACAUGCUGGUUUAUAGUCGCAAAGCCAGCGCUCUCUGGUAAUCGCACCGGCGUCCAUUUUUUGCGUCCAUCCUUCAUACAAUAACUUCGAUCAUAUUCCAAGGGCAGCUGCUAUAAACAGCUUUCGACAAGGCCUCUACAGACUCAUGCAGCUAGUAGGCAAGAGCUCAUUGAGACGGAAUUGGCAAUAGCGAUUUUGAUUUCAUAGGGAAGGUGUGGAGAUUUCCGAAACAACCUUUCAUCGUGGGGGAGUUUUGGUAAAUGCAAAAUUGGAUGGUUGAAGCUAAGUCACGGUAAUUUUAGACUCCCACAUAAUACUUAUUUAUGCACAAAUGUUGGCUACAGAGUUAUGUUUCCAUCCUCUCUGCUGCAGGUGAAUGAGCUUUUGCAUCCUGAGGAAAAUUCCCUGAGAACCUCUGUUUGUUGAAAAUGUUUGAGAAUUAUCUAACGGAAAUAGUUAUACAGUUGCAAUUAGGACAGUUUUAAAGCUGACACCAAGAAAAGUGGACGAAAAAUGCAAUUUCAGGGCAUUAGGAUGAGCACCAUAACGCAUCACCCAUUACGCAGCGGAAUCUUGCUCAUUUCGCACAAACAUACAUUCCAUUCGCAGUUACAUUUUGCCGAAAAUGAAUAUAUAGACAUAAAUAUUUCUUAAACACGUGCAUGAGUUUGGUAAAAUGUGAUUGACACAAACUCAUUUGUUCUUCCUAAAAAAGUAUGCGAAAUGCUCUAAAACAGGUGCAUAUUCCUUGCGUGGUGUGUAGGUUCGAAAUCCUGAAACCAGACUGGAAUGUAGGAUUUGGGCAGAUGUGUGAAUCUCUUAAUAUUUUAAUGUCGAAAUACACCGUACUCGUAAGCAUGGCAUCUCAGGUAGGCGUGUUUUCGCACGAAAUAAGCACUGGAAAAGAAAGAUAUAAUUUAAUUUAAACAAGCGUUAAAAAUCGGAAAAAUGCAUGCAAACUAAGCACUGGCAGGUUUUAUCACACAACAAUGUGAUUAGUCAUAUCGACUAUUAGCUUCAAAUCAACCAGCAUUGUAAAUUCAUCUAUUUAUCUUUUAUACAAAAGUCCACCUAGCAAUCCCGGCACACGCAGUCAUGUUUUGUGCGAAACUUCUCAGGAAAGUAGUAAACAAGUUUGACUGACAGAAUGAAAGUCACCACACAAGAAUGAAUGGGCUAGUCGCCAAACCAUAAAAAUCCAUUCUUGCUUCCCUUCAUCACCGGUUGUCGCCCGCCUCGCCAGACGAACACUCCACCACCAACGCCGUCAAAACAGUCCCUUGCUAUCCAUGAAUCGAUGUUUACAGGAGCGUUACUUUACAAUAGGUUCUCGCCGCUACACACGCGCACUGAGCGCCGCAAGUACCAAAAUGUUGGCAAAAAUUUCCCGAUCGGACUUCAUUUAGGAAAGACUGCCUAGGUCGACUGCACUAUGGAUUCAUAUAAAAAUUCUGAACACUUUCAACUAGAAUGCAUACUGGCUUUCGGUUAAAAUCUUGUUCAGUGGAAAGGCAGUACUUAAGGUGAGCGGCAAAACUAGGGAAAAUGGACGUAAAAACUCCGAGCUACGCCGCAGAAAAUGAGAAGCUGGCCUCUUACUGUACUUAAAGACCGUGCAUGUUUUCAUGCGGAAAUUACUACUUAAAAGGGGUUCCAAAACAAAUCGGAAAGUGAUCCAGACAAGCGUGCUGAUGUUUGGUUGGGCGUCUUCCUAACAGACUAACUGUCCCAGUACUACACACUUUUCACCGAAUUCCUUUAUUCCACUAAUUUCUUUCUAACUCUCAGAAAAAAUUACCGAAAGGAAUUUAAAUGCUGAACUUGGAAAGAAGAUGAUUUCUGAUUUGACCAACUUCACUGAACCUAUUAUGCUUCAAAUGUGACGAUUUUUUAGUAAGUAAUAUUUUGCAGAACUUGCCUAGAAGGAAUUCAUGCUGCGCUUAAUUCCAGGAGGCACCAGUACUGUGUUUUAACGUUGACCCUAACCCUAACCCCAGUAUUGGAUCCGACACGCCUAAUUCGAAUCCUGACCUUAAUAGCCUCUGGAAUUGGGCGCAAGUCCACUUGUAAUACUAAGAGCCAAUACUCUCAUGCACCAUCCAAAUUCAUGUAGUUGAUCACAGCUUCAUCACGAAACUUUCUAUCUCUUGCAAAAUACAGCCAAGGCCUUAGGCUAGUCAGCACACUUUGGAAGCAACCCCAGUAAACGUUGGCUAUUUGACCACAGGAAAACCUAGUCUGUUAUCGGAUAAAGUGUCUCAACUACAGCCUAAGUGUAGAACUGAAACACGCUCUUCCUUAAAUUUUCAAAACGGAGCUAAGGCGUCGCUGGUUAUCAGUGAACAUGAGACACGUCCUAACUGCACUAUUUCAGGAGCCAUAAAUUGGAGGCACCGAAAGUUCAAAAAAAUAUAUGCAUUAGUUAAAGGUCGAUUUUUCCGAGUUUGGAAAGAGGUUCUACGAGAAGGCUGGAUUUUACUGUUGGGGAAACUAUCUGAUAGUCAGUCCUGUACUAGUCGCUUGUGCUAUAAGUAUCUUUCUCAAGGGCACCAUCGAGAUUCGGUCUGUUCCCCAUCAUUUUCCGCCUACGUUAUGCAUGGCAUGCAUUUAAUAAGUAAGUUUUCCUCCUUCGUGUAGGGUUACUCACACUCUCCAGGAAGAUUUUAAAAUCGAUUUACCUUUAGUACUCAUCUAAAAUGAUUUUUUUUAGUAAAUAAGGAAUGAAACUUUUUUGCAUGCAUGCGAUCUCGUAAUCAGUGAAGAUCUGAGAACAUUCCAUUAUUUUUGCAUUUUCGAAGCAUUUUUACCAUUUUACAAAAUUUUCGGACAGACCAGUAUGUAUUUCCACUUAAGACUAGCUCCUGCUCCUCUUAGUGCAACCACUAGCAAACUGCGUGACGUUGAUAAACCACUUCACUCUAUUCAAAUACGGUUGUGUACAUCAUUAGCAGCAAGGAUAUAUGCGCAGAUAGUAGGCUCACUUGAGAGUGGCGCGUAUCAUUUUAUCCUUACUGUCUAACGGUUGUGAGAAGUUCCGCAUUAUUCUGAAGCUGAGAGUCUGCAGUCCACGCAGGCGGUUGUAUGUCAAUGGCAACAUGUCAAUUAUGAAUAGUUGACUUCAAAUCUGAUGAAACCGACACCCUAUAGUUCCUGAUGGUCAUCGGAAAAUCAGCAGCUAUUCUUCCUUCCUUCCAAUGUUACCCUCCCAAAGGACACAUUCCUCACGGCAGGCUGGCAAUGAGUGGUCGUAAAGUUGCAUCUAAGGGUGUUACCGAGUUCAUAAGUAGAGCCCGGAGCGAACAUGGCUGCCCUGCCUAAAAAAAGAAUAUUUGAAACUUGGCUGGGCUCUUGUAGCUUCUGAUGCCUGGUAAUCAUUUACGAGUUUCUAGGUUAGCAUUGCCGACAAAAACUAGAAAGACUCGAAUGGCCAUUUGUGGCUUGUUAGACGUCAUCAUCUAGAUUGUUUUAUUACGAAAUCCUGCUUAGGCAGUCAACUUACUGUAUCAAAUUUUGAUGGAUUAUAAACCCCGCGGUAAUCUGGGCGUAGAAGUUUACUCAUACUUCGUUAAACCUAUGGCUUCCGGUGGGGCCGAGUAGAUUGAGUGGCUACAGCGUUGGCUGAAGUCAAGCCUUCUCUUUGCCGCCAUGCUUCCGAAUCCCACCAAGGCUGUAAUGCUUUUCACAGAUGUGUCGGGAUAAAUUAUAAAUGCGUGCUUGACAAGAUUGAAUGGGCAAAAGCCUAUCUGGUGUCGUAUACGAUUCGCUUUAAUUGAUCUUUUUUGGACCAUGUGGGUCUUUCUUCGCGCCGAGAUUAUCACAUCUUACUCAAGGGUCUAUAACAAGCCACAUUAUUUUACAUUGCUAGAAUCAAACAUACUUUUUGCUACAUCUACUUAGGCAUAGUUUUAGCGUUAUGCAUACCUCGAACCAAACUAGGACGUGCAUAAGAGUGUUAGAGGGUUGUAAACCAGUCUACAUAGUGUGAAACAUGCCUGUCGCAUGACGCCUUGAGGUCUUAGUUAGAAGUUCUUAGAAUAGUGGCAUAACGAUUAGCAGUGAUGCAAGUGGAGUACUUCGAAGAAACUGGAGGCUAGAAUGGCCAAUUCUGGCUUAUUAGUCAUCGUCAGCCACCCCAUGCAAUUCUAAUUUGAAGCACCUUGGAUUAAGUCAGGGAUUUUCGGCUAUUGUUUCAACCGCACUUCCAUCGAGCUAGGGAGUCACUGUCUUAUCUAUUGCGAUAAGAAAUAUUCACUUCUGGGACGUGGGCACAUCCAGAUAUCGGUACGAUAUAUGCUCACUUCGUUGCAACUUAAAGCCCAAUCUAAGGUGCUCUCAGGCGGUCACAUAAAGACCAUUACACAUGCAGGGAGAAGUAUAGACAAAAAUACGGGGGAACGGAAUGAAUGUUUCCGGCAUAUUUUCCGUCCUUAGCCCGUCGCAUCAAACUCCCGACUAAUAUUAGUCACUGGUCAAAUAGAACAAAAUAAACCACGAGCCUCUUAUGUAGAAUUGGACGUCCCAGUCUUGUUUUUUCUUACUAGUAUAAUAUAUUAUAAUAAUAUUAAUAAUAUAUUAGUAAUAAUAAUAUUGAGCAUGAAAUAAUAUUAAUAUAUAAUAAUAUUAAGCAUGAAAAACUGCCAAUUAGACCUCCUGUUCACCAGUAAUGUCCACAAACGUAAAUAACCAUUUUCUUCCCCCAGCACGUUCAAAUACGUUUGCCGUUAUGUCCUGUCUUUUAACUCCUAUCGUGACCCGAGCUGCCCAUCUGGCGUUCUGCGUUGUGCACAGAUCGUAUUUGACAAGCGCAGACGGGCUGUCUUAAUCUGUAAGGCGCUGAGCCUAAUCGCCAGAUCAAAGGAAUGAUCUACUCUGACGCCUGAUUGGUGCAUAUGAGAAGGAAGAUAAGGAGAGGUCAAACCUAGGGGGUUUCGUCCCUACGACAUUCAGUGCGUAUUCCUCACUGCAAACAACUUGACGCACUGUUGAAGUAUUAGGCUGGGCUAAAAGCCUAGGCUUCAAAUCCUGCGAGAUAAUAGGGCAGCUCGGUUCUCUCAGGAUGAAGAGAGAGGCUGCAAUAGCUCCUAAGCUCCGUAAGAACGAUCCGGUCAGCGCCCCUACCAUUGUAUUUUCCCGAUCGAAACCGACAGGGCAACGGGCUCGUGGCCCAGUGGUGGGAGGCGUGGAAUUCCAACAAACAGGUCGCGAGUUCGAGACUUCGGGGUUGGGUAUGACUGGCGGACGACGGCUAAUAUGCCGGAAAUGGUCAUUCCAGUCUCCCUUGCCUUUGUCGGUAAUGCCAUUCUGCCUCUAUCAUGCGCCGCUGUGCGGCUGCUGGUUGGGCUCGAGGGAGAGGCCGUAAGGCACAACGGGACGAGUGAGGUUCGUAAGAACGAUCGGUGAGCACCCCCUACCACAAUAGCUCCUUCGUAAUGUGGCCUUCAUGACAGUCCGUUGGGACACGAGCCGGCCCUUUAUCGUCUUGAUGAAUGCCUCGUUCUUUGUGCACGGGGCGGCCGUGUGUGGUGCGCUCGGAGGGAUUGGUUAGUUUGUCAUACACUGCACCCGAUCCAGCCUCCGGUCUUCUUGACUCUGUCCUGACCCCAAAACUCAGGAUGGUGGGAGAUGAGCGACGCGAUAGAUGCAACGAAAGUCUCCUGCUCCCAUAAAUUGAUUCACGCCCGGUUGACCGUCCUUGAAACAAACCUGCUGUGGGACACAUGGUGGACAUAGUCGAUAAUGACGGUUAAACUGGUGCACUGACUGGAAUGUUGACCGCCGCUAGUUCUAUUUAUUUCGGCAUAAGUGUGCAAAAACUGGGCAACAGAUGAUUUGAAAUUCAGUGGAGUUUCCAAAUCAACCAGAACCAUAAGGGGCUCUCAAGCCCCCGAUACUGGCGAGGUCCCUAUUAAGAGCAGAAUUCAGACUUCUAUGAGAGGAGAAGUCUGUUCUGUACCGAGAGGCCAAGGAAUGGUGUGGAAAGGCCGCAAUGCCGAGCGUGUGUCAAAAGAGCAAGAGGAAGUUGGGACAAGCCACUGGUUCACAUGUGAAUCCCGGUUGCCAGCUGGUGAUAGAAGCACGGAUGCGAAGAAAGUCCGCAGUCGAGAAUAAAGAACCGACGUCGGGCAGACACCUAGUUAUAGGUGGCACCGAAACUACAAUUACUGACCGAUCGCAUGAAACGUUAAGUGAAGUUCUGAGUUUCAUUUUCGAGGGGGAAAAGUUACUUAAAUUGGGUUGCGCUACUAUUUAUCCUGCAGCAUAAUCCAGUGGCAUUUCGGUCGCUCCAGAAUAAUGGCUUCUCAGUGCAUUUAUUUUCCGCCGGUAAACAUUGAUCACUUACUUAGCGUGAAUUCUUGUCAUCGAUUUUUGAUGCCCUUAUAAAGUCAAAUAUCUUUUAUAGGAAACACAGUCAACAAUAUGCUUUUAUUUACUCAUUUGGCAGCAGCUCUCGUCUUCAAAUUUUAAACUCGAAAAAAGUGUAUCUUUUGGUUUUAAGAAAUCUUAUAGUUACACAAUUUUUAAGGCUGCCCUAUGUCCAUUCAGUUAUCACUCUACCCGCCCUUUUAUUAGUCAGCCGUAUCAAACUUACAACCCACUUUAAAUCCACUGCAAUAUUUUGGGACUCCUUUAUGUGCUUGGCAGAUUUUGAAUAACUCAUUCUGACCCAGCUCCUGUAUGGCAUCCUUUUAAUGGCAUAGAUGACUGUAGUUUUUUGCAUGGAUAGUAUAAGGUUUGUAGACUGUAGGUCGUAUGCGAAAACGCAAUAUGAGAUUAGGCUCGAAGUUUUGCUAAAAUUGGAAACUCCUUUUCGAAACCUAAAGAUACCAUCCUUCCAAUAGACAAUUUCCAAAUGGAUACAUUUUUUCUUUAAGAUCAGCUACGUUUAUACAGAAAAAAUGCCCAAAACUUGGACAGUCGAUUUUAUCGAGUACUUUUUUGCGGACGGCCGAAGAGAAUGCGUUCGGAAGCCGACAUCCUGGCGUAUCCAACAGGCCAUGGGAUCAUGCCGCAUGCUAAUCAAUACUGUAGCGGCACUUAAGUUAUCCCUCCUCAUCGGAAACGCAGUUCCGAAUUUCGAUCAACAUUUCACGAGAUCGGUCACCGACUGAAGUGAUAGAGAGUCUGAGUGUUUUAGCUCUCUGAGACGCUGUCACACAUAAUUUAAUGCGACAGACAGUUACUCACGGGACCCCAUAUGGUCAUUCAAUCAGUUUUUUUUCGUUUAACCGCACAGAUCUGGCUGUGCAUACGCAAGCUACCGGACAACAAGCAUGCUCGAAUAAUGAAAUAUGCUAUGAGCGAGUGCUGGCGGAAGUUUUAUUUCAGAAAUACGCAGAGCGGAAGAGUGAAGAAAACCAAACGAAGGUUAAGUUGAAAGUGGUGUCCACUGGUGGCGAGAGGUUUCCGGUGGGACAACUGCCCGGGUAAAUAAGGUGCGCGUGAGGAUUUAGAACUGUGGCCAAAGCUGCAUGUAGAUAAAGGCGAUCUGGUCAUGUGAAGGUGGCACCCCUUAAUCGCAAAGCAACUUUCUACUACCUCGCUCCACACCAGCCGAAAGAACUGCACAGCGUCAGUUAUUUAACGGAGCAGCUAGCAUUUCCAGCUCACAACAGGUUUUAACGGGUCAGAGUAGGUUGCGGCACACCCAGUGACCUCUUUCAUACAUCGCGCUGGAGGUCACACGCGUCAUGCACACUGAGAAAACUUCAAGGCUGACGGAAGAUGUGUGCCUGCCCGCCCGACAGGCCUCCCCCCCCUCCACCUCGAGAGGGUCAUUAAUGGUCCACGUGUUUGUGUGUGUGCGUGCGCAAAGUGCGGUUUCGUAACAGAUCACACAAACACACAUGCACACCGCACUGAGAGCAUGUGACUGCAUGGUUGCUCAAAGUGCUCACUUUUCUUCCAAGCUCCACCGUUCUCCUGCGCAUGUCAGUACUUCCGUGCCCUGUCAGUUUCUUUCCCAAACAGUUGUCAGCUGAUUUGCAAGUGAGUGCUAGUACCAUCGAUCCUUUGCCCCACCAGUGUUCUUUCAUCAGUCAAUCUGCAUCGGAGUGAAAAGAAAAGGCAAUCGCAGAGGAAUUGACGUACACAGCAACCUGUUUGUCCUACCAAAGCAGACAAGCUGCGGAUCGGAUCCCACGGAGCGAGAGUGCCAUUAAUGCCGCUCCACACAAAGACACACAACACUGGGCCGACUGCGAGGUCCAAGUUAUCCUGCCAGUUGACAACAUUCUAAGCCACGGCUUUCAACGCACCGUGAUAGCAUCAAACGGGUCAGCUUGUUUAUGGCAAGAAAAAUGCGCUGAGUCGUCGACCUUACUGACUCUUCCCCUUCCCAGGCCCCCGUCACAGUCCAAGCCGGUCGAUUGACAGGUGUGGGGAAUGGACGCAGUGGCUGUUAUAUCUAGUGACACUGUCUGCGCGCGCCAAAUGCACGGCCUGGCUCCCCAAACACAAGUAUCAGGAUUUCGUACAGCGGGUGUUGAGCGGCGUACAUCUCACAUGCGUGAGAGUACCGUAGGUCACGUUAAGAAGGAGUAGUUUCGGCCUGCCUCUCAGCCCACCAGUCCGUCAGACCACACAAAACACACUCAAAACUGGGUAUGACUGGCUGACGACGGCUAAUAAGCCUGAAAUGACCAUUCUAGUCUCCCUUGUCUUUGUCGGUAAUGCCAUUCUGCCUAUAUAUCAUGCGCCGCUGUGCGGCUGCUGGUUGGGCUCGAGAGAGAGCCCUUAAGGCACAACGGAACGAGGGAGUUCCGUAUGAACGAUCGGUGAGCGCCCCCUACCAUUGUAGAUUCCCGAUCGAAAACCGACAGGGCAACGGGCUCGUGGCCCGGUGCAUAGAGGCGUGGACUUCUAAACCAACAGGUCACGAGUUCGAGGCUCGGGUGUUCCACACUUCGGGCUUCGGUAUGGCUGGCUGACGACGGCUAAUAAGCCAGAAAUGGCCAUUCCAGUCUCCCUUGUCUUUGUCGGUAAUAUCAUUCUGCAUGGACUUCGUCGGGGCGUCAGUCAGUUGCCUUCCAAACAGCAGUGCAUGAAGCGCCGUUAUAGUCUCAGACUGGGAUCACAUAUGCAGCAGAGGAGUCGCAUGGAGAUGGAACCGAGACUCACACCUCCCACAUGCGUGGGAGAGAAGAUGCAGUCAAAGAGGAAUUGACACACACACACACACCCCGAUCUGUUUGUCCUACACGCUGUGGCUCUUGUCCUAGAAACUGGCAAAGGCCACAGGAGACAGAAGAAAGUACUGCUUCAGGCGGAACGGGAGAGGACUGCCCUGAGGUUGGUCCACAACGCCAAGAGAUGCUUGUCCGAAUCGUUGGAAGUGUAUGCGAUCUGACGGCCUUCAUUCCCCGGAAGUCAGUCAAAGUUAUUUGACCUAUCAGAACGCAGAGAUAAAGUAGUCAGUAGGAGCUGAAGCAAAUACCGAUGAUGAGUUUGGGCUGGAGCGGCUUUCUUCAGGUCAGUAUCCGAGCUUCCAAUGCUUGAAUCCUUUUCAGUGAUAGUAAGCGCGUGGGAAUAUACCUGCCGGACUUGAAGAUGAUUGGCCGGUUUAGAUGGUUUCGUCUGGCUGAAAAGCCAAUGUCCAGCGUGAGAGGCGAAGUGUCGCACGCCUGGAGUCGGUCACUGUACACCCGAAUGAGAGGUGGGCUUUGAAGAUCUCGACUUCCCCUUUAUUUCAAACGAUGUGUGAACUCUCCACUUCGCAUUGAUCAUCCUAUAUAAUAUCCCAUUAAAUUCGGUUGUUGGCCAGUCGCUAAACCGUUAGCCGCACUGAUUAGUCAAGGUCAGUCCCGAUAGGGCUCUAUCUGCAGAUAGACGGAGUCUUUUUUAAGAGCCUUUUUGAGCUCAGUACUAACAUGUUGACCUUCUGCAUAAGUGGCAAACAGUCUGCGCAUUUUAGAAGGCCCAAGCAGAAUGGUGAGUGUAAUUUUCACCAUGAGCACUGUUGCCUAAGCAAGCAUAAUUGUCGUGGAAACUAGGAGUUUAUUGGGGAACCUGGGGCUUUUCACGUCCCAACUGCAAUCACCUGAAAAAUCCUGAGAAAAAAUUAGCCUUAUUAACCCAUACCGUAGAUUUUUCAGCAAUUAGGGCAUAUCAUCUCAUUGACAGCCCGGUGAAACGUUCUCCGCGCAUGUUUGUCCCAAUAAAACACGGCAAAUUAUGACCAGUGUUUACCGCCUGUACCAUUCAUUGUCUUGACAACCAGCGACAUACUAGAGGUUCCUUUCAUUUCCAUGGUUACCACCAGAGAACUCCUGCAAGUCGACAUACAAUGUGGCAAUUAACCAACGCUAUGAUUAGCACAAGGCUUUCCCAUCUCAUGAGUCAUCCCGAUGACUGUGCUCUUAGGGCCUUUGAAUACGGACGUCUGUUUCCAGGUCUAUGUCCCAAUAAAUGACCACCUACCCCCCCCCCUCCAAACAGAAGGCAUAGUAAUCCCAAGAGCCCUGAAAAGUAGAGCCUCGAUUGCCAGAGUGGUGGCAACAGGAGACAUUGUAGCCGUCCAUUGUCCUUGGGGUCUGGUGUAAAGAUAGGCGACGUGUUAUGUGGAGAGCUCCACAGACGGUCAUCUACUCAUCUGCAAAGGGAAGCGACUAGGGAUAAGGCCUCCAACAGAGUUUAUCUCGUUAUAUGAGAAAAUUGCAGAAUGGUCCGCUUAUGGACUACUCGGUACAUAGGAAAACGUGUUUAAUAGUAGGGAAAUAGGAACGGCCAGAACCAUUGCAGCAUCCUUCCUUUUUGUGCCAACGCAUUGUGAACGUCAGCAGAGAGUGAGUAUAAGUGCUGACGUGACACGAAGCUUGUCUUUUUAAUGGUACGACUUUGACAGAUUUAGGCGGAUACUGGGGCCUCAUAGCAAAACUAAUUGGCCACUGCAGCAACGUUGAUCAAAAUGUUCAGAAAUAUGCUAGAAGUCGUACGGAACAUCUACAACAAGGUCGGGUGACCUCGUCGAGUUAUAAAAGGUUCAGUAUAUAAAUGAAAAUUGGACAAUCCAAGGUCCACUGUCACCACUUCUACAGUAUAUUUGUUGAUGGUUGACUCAAUAAUCACGACAUGUUGAUCACUUCUCUGAGAUAUAAGUCGUGGCUUUUGAGUGAAAUGGGAGACAUGGCGGAUAAUCCCCGCAGUUGCUCCUUCACUUCCUAUCCAUUUAGUUCUCAUUUUGCAUGCACUCCAGCUCAUCAAACGGUAGGGAUGAACGCAGUGGCUGACAGCCCGUUUAUACCCGUCACAGGCGACUUGGUGCCAGGCUUCUGAAAGGAUUUAUCGGAGCUCACAUGUGGUACGACGACAAAAAGGUCCCACUUAAAAGCGUCAUUCCAGUCUGACUCUCAGUCCUAAGAACGACCGGGGUAUCCCGUCAAUUGGCAGCCUCCAAGCCACCACUCCUAGCACGGCAAGAUAUUUUUAAGCGCCUCAGAUUAACCAAAAUGAGGGCUGUGCUGAUAAACCGUGAGGAUGACUUCCCCGGUCUCAGCAACGCCAUCUCUUUCUUUUCGAAUGCGCCCGGAAACCGUCCGAAGUUGGCGCAUUGGAUGAAAUGCCGUGAAUGCCUACGUCUAAGGUGUGCUGCCAAGCGCACGCACCUCCGUAGUUAUGAUCUCCCCCGCGGUUUGUGCCGCUCCCCCAAAGUUCACGCACCGUGGGCCAGUUUGUUUGCUCCUACAUACUCGCAGGGUAGCCCGUCGCAGAGUCUGACAUACAAAACGGGGUUGGAUAGCCACAUCAGCUACCGUCGCCUUGUUUCGUUAGUAAGUUGCAGCAGUUAUUUCAUCAUGGGCCGAUACGUCUGGCAUACCUUUGUGGAACUGCAGAGGAGAUAUACAAGGCGUUUCAGUCAAAACGCGAUGAUUACAUUGGGCAACCAAAGAGUAAAACGUGUCUAACUCCUCUCGGACGUCCAAAACGCCCAAUUCAGUAGUUAUUUACCCUUAGAAGCAAGCUCUGAGGAAGCACUAAAGGGGGUUUUCGUUGGAUGUGACAGAAACACCGACAAAAUGCGGCUCCUUUUGACCUUUUUCCUCCAGCCUUAUCCCAACUGGGAUGCUCAUCUACACAUAAUCUGCGCAGGUUUGUGCGGUAAUUCGUGUUGCACGCCCAUUGACUCUUAAUCAGCCACUCGAUCAGGCUACACAUGUAUCAAAUCUUCUCCGCCCGUAGGUCACCGUCUGCACUUCCGAGAGUACAUGCACUUCUUUGUGCACCGCGCAAACUUGAACGACUUUUGUCCGUUAUAACAUUUAUCUUCCCGGCGUGUGAUUGGUCAGGCCUAGUUUAUUGUGUUAGACGACCACCGAGCAGUAGAACAGUUCGAUCGUUGCAGCAAGCACGGCGACUUGCGCCUGUAUUUGUUUAUAAUGAUAGUAGACUUGCGUAGCAUAUACCCGCACCUUGGUGCUCCGCUCCACACUCCCUGGUCCAGACGACAUAUGACCAGUAUUCUAACUAAAAACAGCGCCACAAUGGGUGAAAAAGAUGAUGAUGAUGAUUUGGCGGCCAUCCUCAUGGUUCGUAUACCCAGCGAGAGGCAAGCGCCGCUACCGGUCAAGGACCAUAUGCCAGAGAAGUACUGGGGCAUACCAGGCUGCCAGCGACAUGGUUUUCUGAAUUAGGGUAUAGCUUACAGAUCGUACAUCACAAUGCGGGCAGACAGAACGAUCGCAGCGUUAGCCACUGACUCCGAGAAUGAGCCGCAUUCAGCGUCUGAACUGCGACAAAUCCUUCUUAACUGUCCAAUGACUCGCACCAGCUCCCGAGGGUCGAUCAGAUAGGUCUUCUUAGUAUUGCUUUUAGUAUGCUUUGUGUCUGCAAGAAGAAAAAUUCUUGGUAGAUUAUUUGAAACUGAGCAUUAGGGUGAGGGAGAGAAUUGGUGGCGGCAGAAGUCAGUAAAGGAGUUUCUGAUGUGAAAUCCUGUUAUUUAUUUAGCAAAGUAGUAGAAUUUGCGGUAGUGAAAGCCGAUAACCUUUGAAUAGUCUGGAUUAUCAACGGGACACUACAGUAGAUGCGCUGCCUCAUAAAAAAUUGCUUAAAUGCGGUUUAACUUUUACUUACCGUAAAGUAUAUUUCUGAAAUAUAUUCCUCCCGGUCGUCUGUAAAAACUGGGAGCUGUAAAAAUGACUACUUAAGUAUUCUGACUUUUUCACUUAUUUUCGGCGCUCACAUACAUAAAUUUAGAUACAUUUCAUAGAAAACGUGUACGAAAACAUUUGUUUAUUUACUCGGUUAGUAGUAAAUUACGUCUUCUUCAAAUUGAAGGCUUCAAGGAGGAGUGUCUUCCGUUUUUUAGAAAGUUUUAAAAUUCCCGAGUAACCUUUGAUCCGACCCGCCGUUAGACUCUCAUUCAGGGUUUCCGAACUACAAGUUGCAUAUUCUCCGUGAAAGAGAAAUUACGCUUUCUAAACCACAGUAAGAAAAUACCCCUUGAUGUUCAUAAAAUUUUGCAGUGGAUUUAAAGCACACUGCAUAGUUUAUAAGCAACAUUUGCAAACUGAGAGACACGCUGACUUAUGAAUAUAUAUUUCACGACGUGAAAAUUCCCAUAAUUAGGAACUUUUUAAAAACAAAAUUUACUGUUCCUUUAAACAGCAGUUUUAGAGGGACGUAAUUUGUCACUAAACGAACAAAUGAACGAAUAUUUUCGCAUCCGUUUUCUAUAAAAUAUAGUUAAAUUUAUGGGAGCAUCGAAGGUCAGUGAUACCUACUUAGUCAUUUCUUACAGGGCGAAUUUUUUUGAGGCGGCUGAGAAGAAUCACGUUUAAAAGCCAGUAUUCUGACGUAGCCGAAAUGUCUUGGCAUUAUGCUUCACGGCAAUUAAUAUUGCAACCGUAUUUAGCUAAUCUUUCCGACUCGAAAACACAUUUAAAAUUUCAGCGCAUUCACUGUAACUUAAGCAACAUCUGUAAAUGUGUUUCCCCCGUCUUCAGUUCAUUUCAGUUUAUUUGAGGGAAAUAUAGGUGUUAAACCUUUGAACUCCCUAUUUGUUACAAGGAGGCGAACAAUAAAAAAAAUUUGAAAAUGGAAACAUCAAACGGCUACAGAGUUUCUUCAGAUUGGCAACGUUUUGUAAGCCAGACAGAUAAACGAAUUGUUCCAAGAGUUAAAAACAUUAACGUUACUAAAUGUGCUGUACAGUAGUCUGUCUAGGGAUAGUUGGUGCUAUCUCAGUUUCGGAGGGAGACGAAUUGAAUGCUAACACACAUUCAACAGACAUGGGACAAUAUUAAAAAAACAAAAGUUACUGAAAUACAGGAAGUAAUAUAACAACAUUAAUAAACUGUUCGAACGAAAUGCUAGACAAUCUGUCAGGUGGCAUUAUGACGAUUGGUGGCAAUCUGGUCCAAGUUGCGCUUAAAAGCCUCGACGGAGGUGGACAUGACGACACCUGCAGGCAGAGCAUUCCAGGCCUCGAUCACUCUGUUUGAAAAGAAGAACUUCCGAGUGUCCAGCUUGGCGCCAGUUACGCGUAGUUUAAGUGGAUGACCUCGGAGGUUCGUUGUGGUCGCUAACUCAAAGAAAUCAGUAGGUACGAGACAGCAGUCCUGGCCGCGCAGUAUACGGAAUGUUUUUAUAAGGUCGCCUCGUAGCUGUCUGUAACUCAGUGGAAAGAGGCCGAGAUUGGACAAUCGGGUUUCAUAGGGUAGUGAACCCUGUCCACUUACGAGUUUGGUUGCCCGCCUCUGAACUUUCUCAAGGAUGCUGAGAUCUUUAGAGGUCCACGGUUUCCACGCCUGAAUAGCGAACUCUAGCUGUGGCCGUACGAAAGUCCGAAAGACUUUAACGAAGCAGUCCUCAUCGAAGGUAGAGAAAGCUCUCUUGACAAGAUAAAGGACUGACAUCGCAGACUUGGCUACCUUGGAGCAGUGAAGUGACGGUUUUAGAGAAGCCGUUACCCACACCCCCAAGUCUUUCUGGGCGUCUACCUCCUGCAAUGGUACGCCGUUUAGGUGGUAAACCCUCCGGUUCAGAGAUCGGGUCCUGCCGACUCGCAGGACAUUACACUUAGUCACAUUAAACGGCAACAGCCAGUCCUGUGACCAUUUCUCGAGUCGGGUCAGGUCUGCCUGCAAGCGCUCUUCGUCAAAUUCAGUUCGGAUGACGCUCCAAAGUUUAACAUCAUCAGCGAACAUGGCGACAUCACAAUUCAGUUCACUGACGCAGUCGUUGACGUAUAUAAUGAAUAGGGUAGGGCCAAGAACGGAGCCUUGUGGAACACCGCUUUCAACCGCUACCUCCGCCGACUGCCUGUCACCGACGUGGACGAUUUGAGAGCGACCGAUCAAGAAACUUUGUAUCCACCUCAGGAGAUUACCCCUCAGGCCUGUUCGGUUUAAUUUGUACAGGAGACGCUGAUGGGGUACACUGUCGAAUGCUUUCUUAAAGUCGACGUAGACUGCGUGCACUGCAUUGCCGCCAUCGACUGCCCGGGUCCAGCGAUCUAAACAAUAUAGUAGAUUCGUCACGCAUGAUCUGCCUCUACGAAAUCAGUGCUGGACAUCGCAUAGCAGAUUAUGCUCUUCUAGGAAGUGCAUUAUUUCUCGCUUUAUUAUUUUCUCCAUAAUUUUGCAGCAAAUUGAAGUGAGGCUGAUUGGUCUGUAGUUGUUUGCUAAGACCUUGCUGCCGCCUUUAUAAAUUGGCGUGAUCCGCGCUGAUUUCCAAUCGGAGGGCAAAUAGCCUGCUUCGAACGAAGCUUGGAAGAGCAUGGACAGCGGUUUGGAUAGUUUUCCAGCAAGUUCCUUCAACAAUUUGGGCGGUAUGUCAUCCGGCCCAGGUGAUUUAGACUCAUUCAACUUCAACAGUUCUUUGCGAACAAUAGCUUCGGCGAAAGAGGCGUGCUCAAUCGUUGGCCCGUCCACUAUGUCGCAAUCGGGAGGGAGAAAUGCGCUUUCCUUCGUAAAGAUGGACUUAAAGAACUGUGAAAGGUGCUCUGCCUUUUCUCCGUCUUCACUGAGUUCUAGGUCGUCACUAGUUUUCAAUAACGGGAUUGGGUCUUUACAUAGACCUAUACUUUUCAAUUGAGAAACUCAGUGCCCAUAGUUAAACUAUGAUUGACUGUCUUUAUUUCUCUUUUCGCCAUGACAGGCUGUCAUGCCCACGAAAAGGUCCGGGAAUUAUCUUACUCCGGAGCCCAGAUAUUUGCCAUCUGUUUCUCUGUUGCUGAUCCGGAUAGCCAAAGCGCCGUGACGGAGAAGUGGAUUCGUGAAAUUCAGCAAUGCGGUCACAAAGUCCCUUUUCUGCUGGUUGGUCUUCAAAGCGACCUAAGAGCUGACGUCGAAACUUACAAACGCCUUCAGAGCACCGGGCACGACUUUCCUACCAUCACAGAGGUAUUUAUCGCCCUGCUAUACUCGCUGCAGGCUUGCAAUUUUAAAACUAUAUUAAAUGGUCUACCUGCAGAAAGUUAGUAGAUUAAAUUGUUUACAUUUUUGUGCAGACUUCAUUGAUGGCCCGCCGCAUUGGUGCAGUCGACUAUGUUGAGUGCUCCGCAAUCACUGACAUCGGCACUGAUCGGCUCCUCCAGACCCUUGUCUCGGCAGUUUCCAAGCCCUCAUUUGUGAGGUCUUUGUCUCCUCGAAGUUCGUGUCCUCUCCCCCCGCCAUCUUUCUUUGACAGAGACACCCUGAAGAAAUUAUCCGCUCCGCAAAACUUGCCCUUGGCUGAGAUGGCAACUAAGAAAGAGGUCCUGCCACCCUGA